AUGAGCGGCAGCAGUGAGUCAAUUGCGGAUCACAAGCCCGUGGAGUUCAAGGAAAACACGUCGAUCGUGGUUUUCGGGGCGUCCGGCGACUUGUCAAAGAAAAAAACGUUUCCGGCGCUUUUCGGGCUGUUCCGGGAAGGGUUUCUGGACCCAUCGUGCAAGAUCAUUGGAUAUGCGCGGUCCAAGCUGUCGGACGAGGAUCUCAAGGAGAAGAUCAAACCGCACUUGAAGAAGCCCAACGGUGACAAGGACGACGAGAAAGUGGAGCAGUUUCUGCAACUUGUGAGCUAUAUAUCGGGGCCCUACGACCAGGACGAAGGGUACCACGCUCUAUUGAAGGUGCUGGAGGAGUACGAAAGCGCCAACUCCAUCGAACGGCCCCACAGACUUUUCUACCUGGCUUUGCCACCCAGUGCCUUCGUCUCCGUAUGCACGCAAAUCAAGAAGCUGGUUUACGCCGAGCACGGCGAAACCAGGGUCGUGGUGGAAAAACCUUUUGGACACGACCUGCAGUCAUUUCGCGACAUGCAAAAGGAUCUUGCUCCUUUAUUCCGCGAAGACGAGCUUUUUAGAAUUGACCAUUAUUUGGGCAAGGAGAUGGUGAAGAACUUGGUACUAAUGAGGUUCGCCAACACUUUUUUGAAUGCUGCGUGGAACAAGGAAAACAUCGAGAACAUUCAAAUCUCGUUUAAGGAGCCUUUUGGUACGGAAGGCCGCGGCGGUUAUUUCGACGAAAUCGGUAUCAUUAGGGAUGUUAUGCAGAAUCACCUCCUGCAAGUUUUAACUUUGCUUACUAUGGAACGCCCUGUCUCUUACGACGCCGAGUCCAUUCGUGACGAGAAAGUUCGGGUUUUGAAGGCUUUUGCCCCAAUCGACCACAAUGAUAUCUUGGUCGGCCAAUACGGUAAGUCUGAAGAUGGGUCUAAACCUGGUUACUUGGAUGACGACACAGUCGACCCCAACUCCAAGUGUGUAACCUUUGCAGCUCUGGGCUUCAAGAUUCAAAAUGAGCGUUGGGAUGGCGUGCCUAUCGUUAUGAGAGCUGGUAAAGCCUUAAACGAAGGAAAGGUAGAAAUCAGAGUGCAAUUCAAGGGGGUUCCAUCUGGAAUUUUCAGUGACAUCUCUCGUAAUGAAUUGGUCAUGAGAAUACAACCCGACGAAGCUAUCUACCUCAAGUGCAACUCCAAGACCCCGGGGCUGUCAACCGCGAGCCGGGUUACCGAGCUUGAUUUGACCUACGCCAGACGCUACAAGAAUUUCUGGAUUCCCGAGGCAUAUGAAUCUUUGAUCAAGGACGUUAUGACGGGCGAUCAUUCUAACUUUGUAAGAGAUGAUGAACUGGACGUUAGUUGGAAACUUUUUACCCCUUUACUGAAAUAUUUGGAAGGUCCAGACGCACCUACGCCCGAGGGCUACGCAUAUGGUUCCAGAGGACCAAAGAACUUGACACAGUACUUGGAGAGCCACAAAUACGCCUUUGAGAACGGCGGUGUUUACCAAUGGCCUGUAGCUACUCCAGACAUGCCUUCUAAUGCUUCUAAGAUGUGA